AUUCCAAACAUUCAGACGAGAGGAGGUUGGCGGACCAGUCCGGAGACGCAGAUGUAGCACAAGACGACAAAUAACCUUCAGAGUGUCUGUGCUGAGGAGCAGCACAUUGACCUGUUACAGGUCUCAUAGGGAUGCUACUCCUCCCUGUCGGGUCGUCGUCCCUUUAGACCUUGACGAACAGGAGUUUGUUCGAGCCCUUCAAGAAAACAUCCCCGAGUUGCACUUUGAGCUUUGCCGAGUCAAUGGGCAGCGCAGCAUAAUAGUGUUGGAGGAGCAGUACAUACGUGUCCAGAAUGCCCUAGGGCGCUCUUGUCUCUACCUACACCCCAAGGAUGUUAUGUCAAACCCCUCCAUACCACUGGAGCAAACACCAGCUGCACAACCAAUUGCAAUUGGGACCACUUCCCCUGCUCCAUCUCCACCAAUCACAAUCCACACCUCUUCCCCUGCUCCAUCUCCACCAAUCACAAUCCACACCUAUGCCCCUGCUCCCUCUCCACCAAUCCACACCUCUUCCCCUGCUCCCUCUCCACCAAUCCACACCUCUUCCCCAGCUUCCUCUCCAGCUCACAAUCAUUUCUAUAUAUCCUCCGCUCCAUCAAGCCCAUACCAGGAGGGAACUGAAGAAGCUUUUGACAUCGCUGUGGCACUUCGAUCCCUACAAUCAAGGGUUCACCAUCUGGCUCCCACAGCCAAUCAGAUAACUUCGCAAUGAAGAAUUUGAAUGUGACGAGAGAGCCUUCCGGCGACCAGCCUUCAAUCCACAGUCCAAGCUGGACAUCGUUUUCAUAGAUGAGGAUGGUGAAGGAGAAGGUGCCAUCGACAAUGCUCUUCACAACAACACUUAUAGACUUGUGGGCCAAAUGUUGGCAGUUUGUCUCAUCCAUGAAGGGGUGUCGCCAC